GAUACGCUCCGGGAACAUAAACAGCAUUAGAUGCGAGGAAUGUUGCUUUUGUGUUCAGAAAAGCAAGAGAAACGCUACGCGUCUGAUGUCGUGUGCCCGGUCGUCUGAAAGUAAAUUUUCCCAUCCGUUUUCCGUGGAACCGUCGGUCCGAAGGUUUUUUUGAGUGAACAUUUCCAUUCCGUUUUGGGCAGACAAGUGUGGAAAGCAUAAACAGGCAGAAAGAAGCUGAAAAAACGCACUUAGGAUAUUGACCACAGUGUUUGUGUGCCCGUUUUUGGGGGUUAGUGUCUGGCGCUUGGAUGAUGAAUUUUGGAGCCAGCAAUUAGCACGGUUACUGUGGGCAGCUGCGUAACAACCGAACGGGUUUUUUUUUCCACAACGUUUUCGACCAUCAAGCACAGGCGUCGGACACAAAGGAGAAUAACAAUCAGCCCGAAGAAAAGAGCUCUGUGCGAAGAAGUUGCGUUGUGACGGUGCGGCGGUGCAUUUGAUGUUUUCCGUCGCUUGCUUUGUUAUUCGUGUGGUUUUGUGAAUAAUUUGGAGUGCAGACGGGAAGCUUUUGUCCGUAUAGGUGUGUUUGUGUAUUUCGAGGCAACAAAAUAGCCUUUUUUCUGUCUACCAAAAAUUACCCACCCCUAGUGUAUUGUGUGGCAAAAAAAACGCAGCGUAUUUUAAGGGCAAAGAGUUUGCGUGUGUGUUUUUUUUUCUUCUCGUGUGGAAUGGAAUAAUUGAUGUGUGUACCCCGUCUGAAGUGAGAGUGAACAAGCGAUUAACAACAACAACAACAAAAAACAAACACACACAUACACACUCGCAAAACUACCCUAUCCAAAAGGGGCCACCCCUGAUGUGUGGUCGCGGAAUUUUGGGGGCGAUUGCAAACAACACGUGAAAACGGUGAGAAUAAGUGCGAAAGAGAUAAAAAGUGAAGAGCGUGUGCGUGUGUUUUUUUCUUCUCUUCCUUCGUUCGGCGGUUUUGCUGUCUCCUCUGUUGUGCAGCGGCCAUUUUUGUGCUGUGCUACGGAAAGUGAGUGUUCCGAGAAUUUCCGUAAACUCCCUGUACAACAUACUUUCUCAACAACCCCUUUGGCUGAAAGUUUGCGUCUUGGUGUUUGGAUAUCGGUACCGUUUGUACUGCUGUAAGCUAUUGGCGUUGUUUCGGGGGAUUUUGUUUUAUUUUUCUGGUACUUAUUCGCGCGUACAUGCCGACUAGACGGCACCCUCAAGUGGGCUUGAGCUGUUGGCUUCUGUGUUUACUGCAACAGGCGUGUGUGUGUGUGUGUGCGUGUACUUCCAUCUGGCGAAUAAUCUUGGCGUGAAAUAAACAAGACGCCAAAUUACAAGGGUAGAUAUUGCUUCAGUUUCGCGGAAACCCAGUCAAUUCUGCUGCCUCGAGUGUGUAGGCGUUUGGUACGGAGGGUUCGUCGCUACCCAGGAAACGGAAACUUACGCGGAAGCAAAUCUUCGCGCUUGUCCGACAUCUGGACGACGCCGGACUUGAUCCAGCAAAACAAAACAUAAUAAUGCCUCUUUCCGUGACGAAAGCACCGGCAACCGGUGAAGCUACUGGCAAAGAUCGGUUACUGGAACCACCACCAUCACCGUUGGAAGCGCGAAGCGAAUCACCAUCGAUGUCACCGUGUCCCAGUCCCGCCCAACCGCCACCAACCACAGUCGGAAGUGCCACCGGCAUUCCUGCGGCCGUUGCCAACUUCUCCGUGAUAAACUAUGUUGGUAAAAUUCAAAAGCAAUCAUCUUACAAAUCAUCUGUCCGUUGCCGAACACCGUACGAAAGGUGUAGUUUGCGGUCGGUAGGACCGACAGCAAGUCGCAUCUUGGAACCGCAGAUGGACGAUACGACCAAUUCUUCAACCUUUUCCUCGAUGGAGUUUGGUUGCAAUAGUAGCAGCAGCAACAACAGCACUGGUAUUGGCUGUGAAACCAGCCCCGAAUCCAGUGACCUGCAGGACAGUAUCGAUACGGAGGAUGGAAGUACGUCCGGGCCACGAUUACGCAGUCGGCGAUCGAUGAGCGUUUCCUCCAGCGGUUGUUCCAGCUCGAUGGAUGAUCGAAACUUUGACUUCUCGCCGCUGGGAAGCAUAAUUAGUUGUCGGUGUAACUCGUACAGCAUGUCCGACUUUGAUGAUGAUGGGUUCCGCGAAGAUAGUAGCGUAUCGUCGGCGUACGCCGUAUUGUCCGGGUCUCGGUCGUAUCAACAGCACCAUCCGCUACAUCAUCAUCACCAGCAUGUACCCCAUCAUCCGAACAAUCACAAAGGACUGUUCGAUAUAGCGCUGAAAACGGUGAAACUGAUCCGGCGUAACCAAGAGCUGCAGUUGCGACUGGCCCAGCUACAGGAAGAGACAAACGCAUUCAUCGAUUCGGUAAUGGCCAAUCCGGAGAAUGAAUCGUUACGUUCGCAUUUUUACAGCACACAGAACAAGCGUUUACCAACAGUGCCGGUAACGGUGCAAAAGUGAACGAUGGUUCCUGUUCGUUGCUGGAACCGGGAUGAGCACUCCGGAACAGUUGACGCGGAAUGAAAAGCGCUACAAGUGAAAUGCUACAUUGCUGUUGCGAGAACAACUUACAAACUUCUUAGGUUUAAAAACUUUCCAACCGUAUGAUUCGUGUCAUUCGCGUUCUUAUUUGCGCGCCGGUAUAUGGCCACAACCUCAAUACGUUUAUACUGUUUAUCGUAUAAAAAUUAAGCUAAGUUUAGUUUAUUUUGUUUCAUUAUCCUACUCUCUAGACAAGGCUAGGCCAGAAGAGAAGGAGGAUCGUUUUAACUUAUUGCCAAAAAUCAGGCACUAAACGUGUGAUGGCGCGUAUCUAAAUUGUUCAUUCAUUCUAUCAUUGUACUGUGUAGGGUUAUGUCAAUCGGUUUGCUAAUCAUAGUAAAGCUAUUCAAACGGGAAGUCUUGCGGUGAACGAUCGCGAACGAAAUGGACUGUAAUACUGACACAAAGCGACAACCGUGUGAACGAUCCCGAUUUAUUAAUAUAAACAGUGCUAAGCCACUAUUUCAAUAAGCAAUCAAUUUAUCGUGAGAUAUAAGCAUACUGUAUGAAAGAGCUUUUGCUGAAUUUAUACGCCAAAAAACCCUAUAUACGAUGGAUGAGAAUCAACACACAGUGAAGAAGGCUUGCAAUGCCGCCAUUUUAGUUUCCCGUUGUAUCUGUAUGUUUUCUUGUUUUUUUUUAGUAUUCGAUGGAAUCGAUAUGAAGUGAUAAAAUAAGUAAACAAUCUUCUCAGUGAGAUAGUGUGUAACAAUCCAAGGAAUGGCUAUCGAUCCGAGAAAGUAUCCAUUUUCCCUCUAUCGCAGUGAUUACAAUAGUUGCAAUUGUUUGUGGCUGAUAUUUAAUUAUUGUGAUUAUCAUUUUCACAAAUGUGACCAUGGCGCGUUGCGAACCGUGGUGUUUGUUUAAAUCCUUUAUCUGUAGCAGUUGUUAGAAUUUGCGCACAGUUUUCCAAAGCUGCCACUUUAGUUUUUACUUUAAAUUUAAAAAAAUACUUUUUUUAAUUCCUCCCUUCAAACAAAACAAAUUGGUAAGCAGAAAUAGUAAAAAAAUGUAUGGAAGGUAGUUUUAUGUUUUAACCGAGUAUACAUUAAGCUUCUUAUGAAACAUUAUGGACGAUAAAAAAAAUCACAUAAAGCAAAUAAUAUACUUAUCAUUCGCGAGGAAAUGUAAUAUUGGAUCGAGAUUGGUAUAGGGUGUGUUUGUGUGUUGGCGCGCAUUAUUGGCCAGAAAAAUCUCAAUCAUAUUUAUUAACGAUUAAGCAAAGGUGAUCACAACAAUAUUGUAAUCCAUUUCUCGAGCGAUUGAAUGAAAUUCAGCUUAAGCUAAUCGCCGAUUAGUGUCGUAUUCGUUCGAGAUAAAAGUUACGUAAACUCCAAGUGGUAUUUAUAUUUAAUUAUUUAAUCUAAGUAUGAAAACUAAAAUAGAUGAAAAAGUUUUUUCAUUCUCCAA